UGUGAACGACGUUGACACACCGGAAAUACGUAAUCAUCAGCUUCAAACUGACCAAUAGGAGGCUUUGUUGUUGAUUUGUGUUGUUGUCAGCUGAUCAGGAAGUAUAGCUAGCAGAUUUGCCUCAACCCUCAACCACAUAGGUUGUUCACUAUAUUUUCAGGGAGUAGGACUUCGAAGUAUUGUUUGGACAGUAGACUCGUUUGUUUCAAAUUGUCCUUAAUGCAGGUAUAUGCUAGAAAGCCCGCUAUUCAAAAGAUGCCAGGCGACGGAUUACACUUUCAGCGAUAGGGGAGUGACUGUCCCGUUAAGGCAUCAUCUGAGUUGUUUUGCCAGUUUAUGUGUAGAUCCAGGAGGAUUCCAAACUGGAUAACAAGACGUUGGAGAUUGGAUACAAGUCGGCUCCAGUUGGAGCGUUGACCCCCCAGAAAAAGAUGAAGAAGCGAAAAGAACUGAACGCACUUAUCGGUCUCGGCGGGGAUAGCAAACGAAAGAAACCCAAGAAGGGCUCCGGUCACAGGCUGUUGAGGACAGAGCCUCCUGAUUCAGAUUCCGACACCAGCUCGGAUGAGGAUGACUUCAAUAGUUUAGGCGGCCGGACGUUACUCGGAACAAGAGGAUACGUGCAGUGCUGCAGAAUCUGCUAUCCUUUGUGUGCAUUUAUCAUUCUUGCUGCAUGCACCGUGGCCUGUGCUGGUUUGAUAUGGAUGCAGAUUGCCCUUAAAGAAGACCUGGAUGCAAUGAAGGAGAAACUAAGGGCAAUGGAGUCUAGCCAAAAGGUAUCAGCACAAGAAAUACCAAAGCUAAGUGAGGAUCUACUUGAAAAACAGAAGAGACUUGAAAAUAUUGAAGCUGGAGACAAGGGAUUAAACAUGAUCUGGGCAAAUAUUACAGAAAUUAACAAACAGAUCAGUUUGCUUGACUCUGCUGUAAGUCAUUUAAAGACCAACAUCAAAUCUGCAUCUGACUUGAUAAGUCUUCCUGUGACAGUGGAGGAACUUCAGAAAAGUGUUGCUACCAUUGGAAGCACAUUAACAAGCGUUCAGCAUGAUGUUGGAACUAUGCAAGCAACUUUAGAUGAACAUAAGAAAGCUAUGGAUUUGCUUAAGAAGAAUGCGGAAAUCAUUGAUCUCCAUGAAGCUGUGAAUGAUCUGAAUUCAUCUUUGGUGGUGUUCCAUACACAAAGAGGCCAUCAGAUCCACAAUAUGAAUGAAUCUAUCAGCAACUUGACUCAGAGAGUCAUUUUACUUGAAGGCGAUAUUCAUGAGAUUAACUUCAGCAGAGAAUCCAAAAAGAAGUUUAACGACGAAGGACGUCAGGUCACUGAUCUGAAAGAAAAACUUCAGAUGAUGGAUGCUUUGUCAACCCAAUCAGAAAGUGAAGAUAUGGAACAUAACGAAAAUGUUAACAAGGAAGAACACAAACCUGCUAACAAAACGAUCAAUGAGGAAAAUCACUCAAGCUUAGGUACCGGAGAUGUGAAAUCAAGACAUUUGGCUUUCCCUGGUAUAAACAGUAUGAAAGACUUGACUAAUCUCUUUCAGACAGUAGACUCAGAUUCCAGUGGAUCUAUUUCAUAUGAAAAUUUGAAGAAUCACUUUGGCACAUCAAUACCUAAGAUAGAAGAACUUCAGCAUUUUGACAUUGAUGAAAAUGAACAGUAUUCACUUUCUGAGCUGAAAGCAGCUUUAGGAUUGUAGUUUUUGUAAGUGGAAAGUCAUGUUAAAUAUUAUAGAAUAAUGAAAUCUUCCCUGCUGAUGUUGCACUUUUCAAGUACAGUUUAACAGCCAUUAAAAAUGUAGCUUAGUUGCUUUCCAUUCAUUUUUGCAUUUUACAUUCUUAUGCAUUAUGGAACAAACCAAAAGGUACAUAUUUUACCUUCAUUUGACUUCUUUUAUUUAAAACGGGGGCCAACGGUCAUGUUUAUUAAAAUAUUAACAUGUCUUUUGGAAUAUGGAAACAUGCUAUAAUGUAACAUUUUUUUAAUUCAAACCGCAAACCAGCUAUGGCAGUAGAAAAAUAUGGUAUAUUGGAAAACAAGUCGUGCAAAAAAAAAAAAAGAGUGAAAUAUUUUUAAAAGUCUAACAAUAAAUAAAUGAAUGUAGGCAAGUCACUGGUUAUAACAGCCUGGGCCAGAUCAAUCUGGAAGCAAAAUAAUAAAAAAAAAAAAACAAUCAUUCAUAUUAAUAACAACAAUUAUUUAUUUACUCCCACUGCAUUGUUUUGAAAGAUUCACAUGAUUUGCCUUUACAGAGUCAAAACCAGAAAGGGCUAUUCAUACCUUAAAUGAUUUAAGUUUUUUGACAUAAAGUAUUUUAACAGAAAUUAAAAGUAAUUUAGCAAUAAACGUUUCCCUGCCUUUGUCAGUACAUAUGCAUUUUUAACUGUAAUUUUAACAGGGUAUAAUUUGCAAGGCAGAUCUGUUUCUUUACUGUUUCAUUCAUUCUGACGUAAAUGGUAUUUAGAAAUGCACUGAGCGUUGUUCCAGGUAUUUUACAUAAACGUGUGUUCAAUGCUUAGGAACGUACCUGUCUCUCAUGUAAAUACAAUAUAGGUUGAAUAUAGCUUUCUGUAUAAUAUGAAUUUAUAUUUUGAGAUCAGCUGUAUAAAUUGCUUCAAGUGAGAGAGAAUUUAUUAAAAUGUGUCACGCAUGUUUCACAGUAUACAAUAUUAAAUGUCUGUUAAAAUA